AUGUCCUCCCCAAUGGACCUCUCUCACCCCCUACCCACCCCCUACCCCAAAAAAUCCCUCUACGACCCUCCCAUCCGCAUCCUCGUCGACACCCGCAUCCACCUCCUCCAAGGAGACACCAACGAAGAGCGCAACACCUUCCUCAUCAACCACAUCUGCCACCUACACUGGCACACCGAAUUCAUCCCCUCCAAGCACCGCCGCUACGCCUUCAGCACCGAGCGUUUCCCCAUUGAGUCUACCCGCUGCCUGUUUCUUGUUGAUUGCGGCCAGACCGCAAGCAAGGAGGAUGAUGAGGAUGUUCCUGUGGUGUAUUAUAAGUGGACGGGGGAGAUUUUGACCCCCCUACCCAUCCUAUCCUACGAAGCCUGGAUCAAGAAUAAACUCAAAUACGUGUAUCCGUUUACUCCUGCGCCGAACUGGCAGAAUGGCGUUAAUCGCGAUCGAGAGCGAGAGAUGCUUUUGUCCAAGGUGUUGUGGGCGAGUAGUAGUGGUGGGGCGACGGAUGAUGAUUUGAGGGCUUUGAGGGAUAAUGAGGAGGAUUGGGCGUGGUUGAAGGCGAGUUUGGAUCCGGAAGCUUUUGGCGGGUUUUUGUAUGAGGCGAGGAGGAGGAUUUAUUAGGAUUUUUGUUGUUG